AUGAGCCGAUAUGUAAAUGUUACGCCGAGGCCAAGAUCAUCAACGAACGAAAAUGAAACCGAAUCAAUGGAAACUGAAUCGGCAGGAACCGUUCCGAUAGAAGGCAUCGAACGCGAAUCAAGUGUUGAUAAAUCCGAAUCAAGUGAUGCUGAAAGUGCGAAUGAAAAUGACGAAAAAAGUGAAGAUGAACGGGAAACUGAAAGUGGAAAAUCAGUCGACUUUAAUGCUUACGAUCCACAUACGUGGCCAGAUGUUUUGCCGAAUUACUUUAUCGAUCAAGAAUGGUUAAUUUACUCGGAGUCCAGCGACUUAGUAUACUGUUUAUAUUGCGCCUUAUUCAAUAGAAAAGCCAAUUCAUUCAGUGCCUUAGGUCGUUGCUAUUCAACAUGGAUGAAUAUAAAUCGGGAUGUGUUAAUCCAUGAAAGCACUUUAAAGCACCAUGAAUCCUUCAAAACUUGGAUCGAGCUUCGAAAACGAUUGCAAACAAACCAGACCAUUGAUUCACAUCAACAGAAGUUGCUCAUCAAGGAAAUUGAUCGAUGGAAAGAAUUAAUGAAACGUCUCGUGGCAAGCAUUCAAUUUCUGGCACAGCAAUCACUUGCAUUCCGUGGACACUCAAGCACUUUGUAUGACAAGAAUAACGGUAAUUUUCUAAAGCUGAUGGAAAUGCUUGCCAAAUUUGAUCCAGUGAUGGCCGAUCAUUUAAAUCGAGCAACAACGACCAACAAACGCAAUUACUUGUCGAAUCGAAUUCAAAAUGAGCUGAUUGAAUGCCUCGCCACUAGUGUGACGGAAAUCAUAAUCAAAGCGGUUACAGAAAGCAAAUAUUACUCAAUAAUGGUUGAUUAUUCAACGGGAAAAGGUGUGACGAAUUCAAUCAUCGCUGAGCUGAAUAAAGUCAAUUUGAAAUUGCAAGAUAUGCGAGGUCAAGGCCACGACAACGGACCUAACAUGGCGGGAAGCAUCAAAGGUGUACAAAACCGUAUUCUUGAAAUGAAUUCGCGAGCUCUAUUUGUUCCGUGUGCUUGUCACAAGUUGAAUUUGAUGGUGAAUGACACCGCUAAAGUUGUAGACUCAACAAGACACAAAUUCUUCAACACAGUGCAAAAAUGCUUUGUGUUUUUCUCGGAAUCACCGAAAUGCUGGGCUAUUCUACAGGAGAUGGCUGAUAAUGGCAAAAUCACUCUGAAAAAUGUGUCAACUACACGUUGGGCCAGCCGAGAAAAUGCAACGAAAUGCCGUUUGAUGAAUUUGCCAAAAAUACAUGCAGCAUUUUGCAAAAUUGCAAACGCUCCGAAUCCUGACGAUAACAGCUAUGAUGCAAACAAUAUGGCCAGAAAAAUUAGUAAAUUCAGCUUUAUUUGUAGCGUCGUUGUUUGGCACAAUGUUUUGACGAAAAUAAAUAUCGUUUCGAAAUCACUUCAAUCGCAAUCGAUCGACAUCACUCAAUGUUUGAAAUUGAUUGGAAAUUUGACGAGCUACUUAAAGAAAGUGCGAGAAGGUGAAGGUGAAGGUGAUGGACACAACACAAUCGAUAAAUGGUUCGACUCGGCAAAACAAAUACAAAGUCAAUUUCACCUCGAACCAAAUGCACUCGAUAAUAUGGCUCUUCAAGAAAGGCUAGACAGGCGUGAAAGAGAUGAUUCCGAUGGUGAUGAUAUACGUAAAUUCAGAAUAUCUUUCGUUUAUCCUAUUUUGGAUGCAGCUUUGUCCAAGCUACAAGAGCGUUUUGAUCAUUUGACUGAAUUGGAACAUUUAUUUGGAUUUUUGUUCGAUCUACACUCUUACAGCAUUUCAUUAGAUCAAUGUCAUCGACUCGAAACUGCAUUAACUUCUAAAACAGGUGGCAGCAAAGACGUGAACGCAACUGAAUUGUUUGAUGAAAUAAAAUCAUUCCAAGCACUGAUUGAUAAUGCUGGGGAAAAGUCGCCGUUAGAAUUCCUAUAUAAGAUCUACGAGUUUGGCCUGGUACCAAUAUACCCGAAUUUGACUACAGCUUUGAGGGUAUUUUUGACUUUGCCUGUGACUAUAGCUUCAGCCGAAAGUAGUUUCUCGAAGCUAAAACUAACGAAAAAUUAUUUACGCACAACAAUGGGACAAGAUCGACUAAGUCAAUUAGCAACUAUUUCCAUCGAAUCUGAACUUCUUGGCGAUAUUUCACACGAAACGGUCAUCAAUAAAUUUGCUACAGCAAAGGCACGUCAAGUAUUCUUUCAAUGA